UGCCCCCCUCCACCUCCUCCUCUUCCUCCCACCCCCCCAGCGGAGAGAAAGAGCACAGAGCCGACAACAAGCGAAGGAGAGGAAGCUGUGCUGCAUAGUGUGUGAAUGGAGCAGUGUGCGAGUACGGCCUCCCUGCUGGCCUCCGUGCGGGAGCAGGAGAGGCAGUUUGAGAUGCUGAGCCGGGCUCUGGAGGAGGAGCGCAGGUCGUGUGCCGGCACCUUGCCCCGCCCCCUCCCCACCAUGCAGAACGGCCGCAUUCCUUGUGAUGCAGACCUAGAGAGGCUGACGUUGAACGAGGGUUACAUCAACGGGACGCAUCAUUUCAGGAUGGAGCCCGGCCAGAUGCUGCAGGAGACGUUCACAGUGGAGGAGCCCCAGGUGUCCACCCCUGUCAUCUCUGUGGAGACGUCUGACGACGGGACCACCAAGCGCACAGAGACCACAGUGAAGAAAGUAGUAAAGACCACCACUACUCGCACGGUCAUCCCGUCCGUGUCGGACACCCUGUCCGUGGAUGGAGGCGGUUCUAUGGUCGGGGGAUACAACCCGCCCAUGAUGUACCGGCAGAGCCCGGGAGGCGCCGUGCCCAUGGAGUACCCCACUCACACCGUGCCCCGCAACUACAACUACGGCCCUGCGGGGGGCUACGACGACUACCGCGGAGGACCUCCGUCUGAGGCGUACGCCAGCCUAAGCCGAGGUGCUCGCACCGAUGAUCACUACAGACCGGUCCAUCCGGACGGUUACAGAACCCUGGAUCCAAGCUACAGAGCCCCCAGCAGGAACCAGCUGGACCCGUACGCUGCCCAACCACAAGUUGGCCGAAUGGGAAGUGCGAUGGAGCUGUCCCCCAUCCCUCGGUUUGUCCCAGACCCGUACGGUCUGGAGGACGACCAGCGCAGCAUGGGCUACGAUGAGGCGGACUACGGCAUGGGAAACCCAAUGAACUACAGCACUAUGCCCCACAACCAUGUGUACCCACGUGGGCCCCCGCCACGCAGGGCUGGGAGUUACGCAGGCGCUUUAGACGGGGACCUGAGCGCUGGAGACUUUUACUUCCUCGGUCAAGGGGCGCCGCUGGCCCAGGGCGAGAGGGGAAGCGUGGCUUCGCUGGACACCCUAAGGAAAGGACCACCCCCUGGUGGGUGGCGGCAGCCGGAGCUCCCAGAGGUCAUCGCCAUGCUAAACUACAGGCUGGACCCGGUCAGGAGCAACGCUGCUGCUUACCUGCAGCAUCUCACCUUUAAGAACGACAAAGUGAAGUCUGAUGUCCGCCGUAUGAAAGGCAUUCCUGCCCUGGUGUCUAUGCUCGACAACCCCAACGAGGAGGUCCACUACGCCGCCUGUGGAGCACUAAAGAACAUUUCUUUUGGCAAAGAUCCAGACAAUAAAAUUGCCAUCAAAAACUGCGAUGGAGUCCUGGGUCUGGUCCGGCUGCUGAGGAAGACGCGCAAUCACGACCUCAUAGACAUCAUCACAGGGACGCUUUGGAACCUGUCGUCCCAGGACUCCGUGAAGAUGGAGAUCGUGGACCACGCGCUGCACGCCCUCUCCGACGAGGUCAUGGUUCCCCAUUCGGGCUGGGAGCGGGAGUGCAACGGCGCUGCAGGCGGCAAGGAAGACUGCAAGCCCAGAUAUCUGGAGUGGGAGAUAGCGCUCACCAAUACGGCGGGCUGUCUGAGAAAUGUGAGUUCAGAGAGAAGUGAGGCGAGGAGGAAGUUGAGGGAGUGCACUGGAUUGGUCGAUUCCCUCAUGUACAUCGUCCAGUCCCAGAUUGACUCUAAAGAGGUAGACAAUAAGUUGACUGAGAACUGCGUUUGUCUGCUGAGGAACUUGUCGUAUCAUGUGCACAGCGAAAUCCCGACCGCCGAUCGCUACGAGGAGAAGCUGCCCAUCAACCAGGGCCCCGCCCCCUCCAGUCAGAAGGCUGGCUGCUUUAGCUCGCGCAAGAGCAAAGAUGAGUGGUUUUCCAAAGGAAAGAGAAACGAGCAAGCAAACGGAGAUCUCAUAGAAAUCCCAGUGAGGACCUCGCCUGCUAAAGGCUACGAGCUGUUGUUCCAGCCAGAGGUGGUCCGCAUGUACAAAUCGCUGCUAAAGGAGUCCGGAAACCACACGGUGCUGGAGGCCUCAGCCGGAGCCAUUCAGAACCUGUGUGCUGGACACUGGACUUGUGGACGAUACAUCCGUGCCUUGAUGCGUACCGAGCAAGCCCUCCCCUUGCUGUGCGAGCGGCUGCAACACGGGAACGACCGGGUCGUGCGCGCCAUGUCCGGAGCGCUGCGGAACCUGGCCGUGGAUCCACGCAACAAGGAGCUGCUAGGCGAAUACUCCAUACCCUCCCUGGUGGCUAACCUGCCGAGUGACAGGCACAACCAGGGGGCGCGUGAGCUGAGCGAAGAGACCGUGGUGUCUAUACUGAGCACGCUCCACGAAGUGCUGGGAUACAGUGUGGACGCUGCCAAAAAGCUCAGGGAAUCGGAAGGAAUUGAGAGACUGGUGCUCAUCAACAAGGACGGCAACCGCUCAGACCGGGAGGUGCGUGGAGCCGGGCUGGUGCUGCAGACGGUGUGGGGCUACAAAGAGCUGCGGCGCAGUUUGGAGAAGGAUGGCUGGAAAAAGACCGACUUCAUGGUCAACUUAAAUCCGCCCAGCAACAACGACAGGCCCAACGGAAGAUAUGACGACAGCACGCUGCCUCUCAUUGACAAAGGUGGGAGAAGUGGGCGAGAAAUGAUUCCACUGAACGAACUUGGACCAGAUGGCUACUCCACACUGGACCAGAGAGCCAGAAGGAACACUCUGGAUAACACGCUCGGACCUGCUGAUCAAGAUUUCCCACAGGGAGGGCUGUAUGGGGAGAGGCAGGCUUCCUUGCCUCUGUUGGAUUCUUACGAUGGUUAGGCUACACCCACUGUCACACUGCAUGUCGGCGCAUGAAGAACUGAUUGUGUGCAUCGCAAGACGUCAGCCUCCUCCAACUUACUGCCCUUGCUGAACUGACUGGAGGGGAGGGGAUGGGAGGGGGGGGCACCACACUACCACCAGGACUAAACUCCAACAUGUGCACUCGCUCCUUUCUGUCGCAGCUUCUCUUCUCUCUCUCUCUCUCUCGCUCUUACAUUCCUCUGUUCCAGCGGACGAAUGAAUGAAACCACAGAAAGCGCCGUGGAUCUAAAGCUCUCCCUGUGGUCAGGUGACACUAUAACCACUCUGCACUCCAUGACUCGGUGGCCUUGCAGUUUGGGGGGUUUUGGGGGGGCUGCCGAUGCUACGUCUCCAUGAAGCGGCGUCACGGUACCGCCCACGAGGAAGACACUAAAAAAAGGCCUCAUUUGACGUGUUUUUAAUAUAAAUGACCAGACUGGAACACUUUGUUGGAAGUUUUACAUUCAUGACGAUGGGUGUUUUUUUUUUUUCUGUGCUCUUUUUUUUUUUUUUUUUGUUUAAACACUAGAAAAAUCCUGUGAGAAUAAUUUGUUUCUGUCCAAUUCCAUCGGUUUAAAGCUUCUGCCUCUUGUUGCCGUAGCGGUUGAUCCUCUACUCGCGUUGUCCUGUAAAUGCUACUCAUGAACCGCUCCUGUGCCAAAAUCUUUAUUUUCCCAGUAGCUGCACUGACCACCGUCAUUUGCUUGAUUUCACGUGCCGCCUGUGGUUCUACGUUUUGCACAGCCGAUCUCUUUUGGGGGCCUCUGAAUCUGGUUAAUAUCCGUAAAUAUCAAAUGGGCGCAGGUGUCUGUAAUAUGCAUCUGCCUGGAGGAAUGAAUUGAAAAAUUUUUUUCCCUCCUGUUUGUUGGAACAGACGGUCGAUAGUCUGAGUGAAUCUUGGGAGACGCCAGAGGGAGCCAGUAAACUGGAUCUGCUGGUCUUUAAACCUUAUGAAUGUGCAAGAAAACUGUUGCUAACUGGAGUGCCUCACAUAUUGGAUGUAUCCAACCUGACCUGAAAAAACCUUUUUUUUGAGUCUCUUACCGCUGCAGCCUGUGUGUCGGAAAUACAGCAAUUUUUUUUUUUAAGCCUGUUCUGGCAGAAAAAAACGAACCGAUUCUUAAAAUCUCCUCUCUUUAUGGCAUGAAACGCUCCGUUUUUGUUUACUUUACUGCUUCACAACACUAAUUGGGAGUUUUUGCCAACACUCUUUGAUGUGGCGAGAGGUAGAUACUGACUGGAUUAUUAAAAGAAGCACUAUGGGGUUAAAUGUUUUUGUUUUUUUAUUAACUUUAUCUUUUUCACGCCAGAUGAAACAUGACAAACUACGCCUCAUUUUCCUAAACCGGCUAUUUGCCUUCAAACAUGAACUGAUUUAAGUUUUAAUAACAGCAAGGAGUUUGUAAGGAGGCAUAAAACACAAUUUGCUACUAGUUAAAAUGGUGAAAAGAAUAAAAGCACAUCUAAACUAUAUAUAUAAAUAUAUAUAUACCAGAGAAUAUUUGUUAAUUUUAACGGUUUGAUGUAUUUUCUUUUUCUAUUGAUUUUUUUGGGGGGUUAAUUGUUUCGGGUGCGCUGGGUGAAUGCAUAUGCAAUCAGUUUUAAUGUUUUGAUUCUAGACGAAAAACUUGAGUUUACGUCUUAAUUAGAAGCGACACAAAUUAGCUGGAUUUAAAAAAAAAAAAAAAGGAAACAAUAACAAAAAACUGGUCCUACGCAGAACAACAGAACAUUCUGAUUGUGAACUACACCUUAAUCUCUUUUGCCUUGGCUCUUAAAAGUUGCACAUUCUCAUUUAUGAUUGAAUUAUGUAACUAGCAAUAAUGUUUUUAAUAAAAAAGAAAGCUAGAUUUC